GCCGAAAAAAUUUGCUUCUUUCCCUUUCAAGUUUACACGUUCAAAUCAAUAGCUGCGUGUUCUGGUUUCCAGCUAUUUAUUAUAAUAUCUCAGUUAGUAGCUAAAAAUCAUCUUUUAAAAUGUACUCCAACGAUGAUUAUGCAGAAGGGGGCUACGACGAUUAUGGAUACGAUAUGGGAACGGUAGAUGAUGGAAUAUAUGAACGGGGUUACUAUCCGAUGCACGAAGAUGUAAAAAAAUUUUUGGUAUAUUUUUGCAACGUGAUCAAGGGUGGAGUCGUUUACGAGAUUCAAAAUUUGUACGAAAACACCUUUCCCAAGCUAAGCGAACAGCACUUUGAAAAAAAGGCUUGGCCUAGUGAGGAGGAAGUGGCUCACCUAGUGGAUAACGACAAUCUGUUCAUGAUUCUGUACAAGGAACUCUACUACAGACAUUUACACGCCAGGAUUCAGGGCGGUCCGUCGUUGGAACAACGUUUGAAUUCGUUCUAUAACUAUUGCAAUUUUUUCAAUUAUAUUCUGCCUUCAAAGGAACCGGUCCAGUUGGAGCUUCCCGACAUAUGGUUAUGGGAACUGAUCGACGAAUUUGUAUAUCAGUUUCAAAAUUUUGCUCAGUACCGUGCAAGGUUGACAGACAAGAGCGAUGAAGAAAUGGACACAUUGCUGAACAAUAACAGCAAAGUAUGGAAUAUUCUUUGCAUUCUGAACGUUCUCCAUUCGUUGGUUUCGAUGUCAAAGAUUAAGGAUCAACUGGAAGCUGCUGCUGCUGGUCAUGAUCCAGAAGAGGUUGCCGGUGAAUUCGGUCGUCAUUCAUUCUACAAAAUGCUGGGAUACUUUAGUUUGGUUGGUCUAUUGCGAGUUCAUUCGCUUUUGGGUGAUUAUCAUCAAGCUAUUAAAGUGCUGGAGCCUAUCGAGAUUCAUAAGAAAAGCCAAUACUCGCAUAUCCCUGCUUGUCAAAUUUCGACAUCUUACUAUGUUGGAUUUGCUUAUAUGAUGAUGAGACGUUACUCUGAUGCUAUUCGCACUUUUUCUUCGAUCCUUCUGUAUAUCCAGCGCACCAAACAGUUGUAUAGCGCUCGGUCUUACCAGAACGAUCAGAUCAACAAACAAACGGAUCAAAUGUAUCACUUGCUGGCCAUUUGUCUGGUACUGCAUCCUCAAUGUAUUGACGAAUCAAUUCAACAAGUACUACGCGAGAAGAACUACCAUGAUAAUAUGUAUAAAAUGCAGUGCGGUGAUUUGGAUACAUUCCGCACUUUCUUUGUAUUUGCCUGCCCGAAAUUCGUUUCUCCGGUCCCGCCACCACCAGACGCACCGAUUGAUGACUACGUUAAGGAAGCUUUGGAACACCAAACGAACGUUUUCAUGGAUGAAGUGCGUCAGCAGCAAGAACUACCAACUAUUCGUUCAUAUUUGAAGUUGUACACCACUCUCCCGUUACUGAAACUGGCAUCGUUCAUGGAUAACAUUCCACAGGACGAAAUCGGUGAGCAGAAAAUCGAAAACCUGCUUACGCAUUUGCUUUGUUUCAAGCAUAAAAUGAAGAACAUAGUUUGGACCAAAGGAGCAAGUGGUUUGGAAGGCAAGUUCCAGUCCGGUUCCGAGCUAGAUUUCUUCAUCGACAAGGAUAUGAUUCACAUCGCUGACACUAAGGUUUCGCAUCGUUAUGGCGACUUUUUCAUUCGCAAGAUUAUGAAAUUUGAAGAUUUGAACCGUCGUUUGCAUAACUUGAAGGGUUGAAAUUGAGACCAAAAUUUAGCAAUCGUACAGUCCUAUCGACCAUUCUUAAAACAUACAAUUGUAACCUACAAAAAUAACGAAUAAAAAGAAGAUAUUCUUAAGGA